CACAUGCGGGUCCUGCGCGGCUUCUCCACUCCGGGGGUGGGAGCAGGAGGCUGGAGCGCGGGGCAGCUGAGGUGAAGGGGCAGUGGGAGUUAGGAGGCCUCGGCAUCGCGCUUCUCCGUUACGGAACGGGUGCCAGAAAGAGCUGGCUGCAGAGCUGGUGCGUUGUGCCCAGGGAAUAAAAGGAGUGUUUCUCUUCUGGCUGUUCUCCGUCUACCUACGGCUUUCUGAGAUGCCUUCCGCUCCUUACUCAAGAGAUGAAAUAUCGUCAGGAUACUUGCUUGUUACUAGAAUUGUGGGAAAGCUGGCAGCUGUUUCUUCUGGUCUACCAUUUGCAUGUACUGUAUACGCAGCAACAGAAAAGGAAUCCAAAAGUCAGCUGGUGAAGCCAAAUGAACUUCCAAUUUACAGCUCACCACUUCUGAAAUUGAAGUACAUUGAAGAACAGCCUGGUCACCUGCAGAAGCAAUUCUCUUCAGUAAGACAGGCAACUGGCCGCUACGUUGGAUGGUGUAAGGAUGCUUUUUUGUGUGUUAAAAAUGGAAUAAUGGAUUCAAUUCAGUUUGGGAAAGAUGCUUAUGUUUACCUGAAGAAUCCACCACCAGAAUUUCUUCCCAAAGUUGGCAUAAUUACAAUAUCAGGCCUAGCUGGUAUAGUGCUGGCGAGAAAAGAUUCUAGAUUUAAGAAAAUUGCUUAUCCAUUGGGACUUACAACUGUAGGAAUUUCAGUUUGCUACCCAGCUCAGUCAGUACUAAUUGCUAAGGUAACAGGGAAAAAGGUAUUUUCUGCAAGCCAUCAAAUCUAUGGGGCAGUACGAUCACUGUGGGCAAAGAAGGAGGAUGUCUCCAAGCUGCAGCAAGAGUCAAAAUCAGUUACACAAGAAGAUAAGAAAAAGAAAGAAAUUUCUAAUACAAAACCUGAAUCUGCUAUUGAGUCAAGAUCAUUUAAUAGAACAGAAUCUUCUCCAGUAGAGUCUUGGAGUACUAAAGAUCCAGUGCCUUCAUCAGGAACAGGGAAGACAACAAAAUUUAAACCUGACCCAAAACUUACGGACCAUGGUCAGUCCAGCCCAGAAGAUGUGGAUAUGUACAGUACAAGAAGCUAAGAUGUCUGCUUAUAAAUCUUCGCAAAGUAUUACAGAUAAGGGGGAGGGAAGAAGGGAAGGAAUGAUCCUUGUGACUCAUGCUCUGUGAGGUAUAAUUUAAUCAGGUAUUUUCUUAUAUCCCAGUUUGUAUUAUUGACUCAUGAUUCUGUUUAAUGAAUAUUUAGUUUCUCACUACCAAUAAGCAGUGAGAAUUCACUCGUAUUCAGUGUUACUAGUGUGACACUGAGAAAAUGAGAUUUGUCAGUGUCUUCUCACAGUGAGGUUUCUCUGUGCCAAACUUGUUAAUAAAUGACAUUUCACAAAGGAGAUUUGAAAAUGUAAACGUAUUUCUAUACUUGAGCUCGGAUUUGCACUGGUAGAAGAAUGUGAUGGAUGGGGUUAGAGAGGCUUCUUUGUUUCUUUUUCACUUUCAGCUCUGGAAUGAAGUGCAACUUCUUAUUGGUCUGAGUAGCCUUAAAAAAUUAGUUGUUUUAUCAUAUGAUUAGCGUUAUCUCUAAUGCUUGUAUAAACAAGUCACUUCUUUUCAUUGCAAAGUCGUUUGUUGUUAUUUGCCUCUUUCACAAAGGUAAAUGGAAAC